AUGUUAAGGCUUCUAAUCCUUCUUGUCUUGGUUUAUCAAUUAUCAAUUCUAUUUGUGGAAUGCCACAACUUUUCAUUUCCUUCAUUUGAUGUUGGAAGUUACAGCAAUUUAACUUACUGGGGCUCAGUCACUGCAGCCAAUGGAACACUUAAUCUCACACCUGAUCAGCCACAGAACAAUUCCAACAAAGUUGGAAGAGUCUUGUUCAGUCACUCAAUACCUGUGUGGCCUGCUUCUUUUUCCACCAUAUUCACUAUAAGGAUUUCGACACAUCAAUUGAUUACUGGUGAUGGAAUGGCGUUCCUCAUAGCACAAGACGAUAAGCCCUCCCCACCGGAUAGUUAUGGCUCGUUUAUUGGAAUUCUUGAUCCGUCAACUCAAGGAGGCACACUUGAUCAGCUUGCUGUGGAGUUUGAUACCUAUAGAAACGAACACGAAAUUGAUGGAAACCAUGUUGCUGUUGUAACUACAAGUAUGGAGAGUCCUGUUGCAGUUAAAAGUUUAAAUGAUGUUGGAAUUGAUCUAAGGAGUGGAAGAAAUAUUACAAUAAAGAUUGAUUAUGAUGGAUGGACUAAAGUUCUUGAAAUAUCUGUAGCAUAUGCAGGGCAACCCCUAGUGAACUUUUUAAGACAAGAAAUAAUCAUGCAAGAAACAGUUCCGCGAAAUGCUUAUGUUGGAUUUUCAGCUUCCACUGCCUAUUUCUCAGAGGUACAUCAUGUUCUUAACUGGAAUUUCAAAUUAUUUGAAUUGCCAGAAGGAUCUCUCAAGUAUGGCGUUGAUACAGACAAGGAAAAUAUUGCUCUGCUGGUUGCUACUCCUAUUGCGAUUGUCUCAUUGGUUGUGGUUGUAUCGUUUCUCAUUACAGCUCGUAAGGAUAGAAAAGAAAGAUUUCAGAUUAAAGAGGACAUUGAAAUGCUAACAAGAACUGCAGCUAGUGGUCCACAGGUUUUUACUUACCAGAAACUCUCCAAGGCUACUAAAGGCUUCAGCAAAGAUAACCUAUUGGGAACUGGAGGCUUUGGAAGUGUUUACAAGGGGGUGUUUUAUGAUUCUCCUACAACUGUAGCGGUUAAACAAAUCAACGCGACAUCUAAGCAAGGUAUGUUUUCCAUUUAA